AUGGUCUUGUUCACCUACCUCACGCUUGCUGCCUCGGCGGUUCUCGGGGCUGUCGCUGCCCCGGCCGCGGAGCCGUCUUUGGAUCUUCCGGACUUUGACUUUGCGCCUCGGAACCUCACCCGCCGCCAGGACUACAGCCAGAACUACAAGACCAGCGGAAACGUCCAGUUCUCGCCGACGUCCAAUGGAUACUCGGUCUCGUUCUCUGGCGCGGGCGACUUUGUUGUUGGAAAAGGCUGGAGGACGGGAACGUCCAGAACCAUCUCCUACUCGGGCAGCAGCAGCCGCUCGUCGGGCACGGUCCUGCUCUCCGUCUACGGCUGGACGCGCAACCCCCUGAUCGAGUACUACGUGCAGGAGUGGACGUCGGACGGCAAGGGGUCGGCGCAGGGCCAGAAGGUCGGCACCUACCAGGCCGACGGCGCCACGUGGGAUCUGUGGAAGCACCAGCAGGUCAACCAGCCGUCCAUCGCGGGCACCACCACCUUCUGGCAGUAUAUUGCCAACCGCCAGGGCAAUAGCGGCGCUGGCAGCGGCAGCGUCAACAUGGGCGCCCACUUUGCCGCCUGGCAGAAGUUUGGCCUGAACCUCGGCCAGCACGACUACCAGGUCUUGGCCACCGAGGGAUGGGGCGGUGCUGGCGGCCGCGCCCAGUACACCAUCAGGGGCUAG